AUGAGAGACAGGGGCGGUGAUCUUCAGGCCUUGUCGAUGGGCAUGCGCAAACAACAACGGAAGGCCUCCCAGCCGCGGGGAUCAGGCGGCAGGGCGGAGAGGGGUGGCCCUUUGCCUCUGUUGGUGCAGGGUCCUUCCUUUGUGGGAGCCGUGGGCGUUCCCGUGGCCAAAGCUCAUCCGACAAAAGACUCCUGCGCCGCCCCUUUUGGUCUCCUUGACAUGGGCUCAAGUGCGAGGUGUACAAUGGAGGCUGGUCGUUGGUCGAGUCUGGAACGGCAGGUAUAG